UCUGAUAGCUGAAGAAAACCCGAAAAUUGUAAUCGUCAACAAAACCCAACCUCUCUGGCACUCACUUCUCAACGAACACUGCUUUUUUCCAUUUGCCAUUUUCAAACGAAAGCAUCUCUCUGUUGAAUCAAAUCCCAAAGCGGUUCCAAAUUCCACUUUUUGGACUACCUUUCUUUCUGAUUUCUUAUUAUUGAUAGCGUCGCGACGUUGUUUUCCUUGGAAGGAGUGGAGGAAUAUCUUGUUGUUCUUGCUUCGGUUGAAUCGGUUGGGUUUCGCAAGCGAUCCAAACACUCCGUUAUUCAGUUUCAGAUCGCGAGCUUCUCUUCUCUCUCUGUCUCUCUCCAUCUCUGGAAGUGGAAGCGUCGUCUCCAGCUUGAUACGGAGGGAAAUAAUUUUUUUUUUUUUUUCCGGGAAGAUAUAUAAAUGGCUUCACUUAAAGAUAUUGGAGUGGCAGCAGCUAUUAACAUUCUCAGUGCAUUCAUUUUCUUAGUGGCGUUUGCCAUUUUAAGGCUUCAACCUUUCAAUGAUAGAGUGUACUUCCCGAAAUGGUAUCUUAAGGGUUUAAGAACGGAUCCAACUCACUCUGGAGCAUUUGUACGCAAGUUUGUCAAUCUGGACUUCAGGUCAUAUAUAAGAUUUUUGAAUUGGAUACCAGAUGCACUGAGAAUGCCGGAACCUGAACUCAUUGACCAUGCAGGACUGGAUUCUGCUGUUUACUUGCGGAUUUACUUGAUAGGACUUAAGAUCUUUGUUCCUAUAGCCUUCCUUACAUGGGCUGUCCUGGUGCCGGUUAACUGGACGAAUAGCACUUUAGAGCUAGCCAAGAUAAAUAAUGUAACUUCUACCGACAUCGAUAAGCUCUCUAUUUCAAAUAUCCCAGUUGGAUCACAAAGGUUUUGGAGUCAUUUAGUGAUGGCUUAUGCCAUUACCUUUUGGGUAUGCUAUGUGUUGUUUAAGGAGUAUGCAAAAGUUGCGUCAAUGCGGUUGCAGUUUCUUGCAUCAGAAAGACGACGUCCUGAUCAAUUUACGGUCCUUGCCAGAAAUGUUCCACCUGACCCUGAUGAAUCUGUAAGUGAGCUUGUGGAGCACUUUUUUCUAGUCAAUCAUCCGGAUCACUAUCUUACUCAUCAGGUUGUAUAUAAUGCAAACAAGCUUGCCAAAUUGGUCCAGAAAAAGAAAAAGUUGCAGAAUUGGCUUGUUUACUACAAAAAUAAAUAUUCAAGAAAUAGCACUAAGAGGCCCUUCAUGAAGACUGGUUUUCUUGGGCUUUGGGGAAAGAAAGUGGACGCAAUUGAACAUCACGAGUCUGAAGUUGAGAAACUGUCAAAAGAAAUAGCUGCAGAAAGGGAAAGGAUUGCAGACGAUCCAAAAUCUAUCAUGCCUGCAGCAUUUGUUUCUUUCAAAAGUCGUUGGGGUGCUGCUGUUUGUGCCCAAACUCAACAAUCCAGAAACCCAACUAUUUGGUUAACAGAGUGGGCUCCAGAGCCACGUGAUGUAUAUUGGCCAAACCUAGCUAUUCCAUAUGUUUCUCUCUCAGUUAGAAGGCUAAUUAUAGCUGUUGCAUUCUUCUUCUUGACCUUCUUUUUCAUGAUCCCCAUUGCAUUGGUACAAUCUCUUGCAAGUCUUGAGGGCAUUGAGAAAGCAGCACCAUUCUUGAAGCCUGUUAUUCAAAAGUCCUUCGUUAACGCACUCAUCACAGGUUUUCUACCUGGGAUUGUAUUGAAGCUAUUCCUUAUCUUUCUGCCAACCAUAUUGAUGAUCAUGUCUAAAUUUGAAGGAUUUAUAUCUCUAUCAUCUCUAGAAAGGAGAUCAGCCUCUAGAUAUUAUCUUUUCAACUUUGUGAAUGUUUUCCUCGGGAGCAUAAUUACUGGAAGUGCAUUCGAACAGCUAGAUUCAUUUAUUCACCAAUCAGCAAACGACAUUCCUAAAACAAUUGGUGUGGCGAUUCCAAUCAAAGCAACUUUCUUCAUAACUUAUAUUAUGGUUGAUGGAUGGGCUGGUAUAGCUGGGGAAAUUUUAAUGUUGAAGCCUCUUAUAAUUUACCACUUGAAGAAUUUCUUCUUGGUGAAGACUGAAAAGGAUAGGGAAGAGGCGAUGGAUCCUGGAAGUCUUGGUUUCAACACAGGAGAACCUCGUAUACAGUUUUAUUUUUUGUUGGGCCUCGUAUAUGCUACAGUGACACCUGUUAUCCUUCCUUUCAUAAUCAUUUUCUUCGGCCUUGCUUAUGUUGUGUUCCGUCAUCAGGUCAUAAAUGUUUAUAACCAAGAGUAUGAGAGUGCUGCAGCAUUUUGGCCUGAUGUCCACGGGCGUGUUAUAACUGCAUUGGUGAUUUCUCAAAUACUUCUUAUGGGAUUGUUGAGCACAAAAAAGGCUGCCCAGUCAACACCAUUUCUCAUUGCUCUUCCAGUUCUAACCAUAUGGUUCCAUAGGUUCUGCAAAGGUCGUUAUGAACCAGCAUUUAUUAGAUACCCAUUACAGGAAGCAAUGAUGAAAGAUACUCUAGAACGUGCAAGGGAACCAAACCUGAACUUAAAAGGCUAUCUUCAAAAUGCAUAUAUACAUCCGAUUUUUAAAGCUUGCGAAGAUGAUGAAGAUGAGGAGGAGGUUCUUAAUGAAAAGUGGGAGAAUGAGAGUGUGAUUGUACCCACAAAGCGCCAAUCCCGAAGGAAUACACCGAUUCCCAGUAAAGUUAGUGGAGGAUCCUCCCCAUCUCUGCCCGAGACUGUUCAAGAACUUCCACAGCCCUAAUUUUCAGCAUGAAACUUUGCGUCUUACACACGCCUUCACAGAACUAUACCAAUGGAACAGGGUGGCACUGUAAAGUAAACAGCCCAAAUCUACACCCAGAGAGACUUCAGCAACUCCAGCAACAAAACAAGAUCAUGUUUUUCUGGCAGUCGGUUGCAAGGUGCGCAUGUAAUGACUUAUUUGAUAAUUCUAGUGUAAAUCCAUGUGUUAUUGCUUAGUGUUGGUAGGAUAAGGUUACAGUUCAUGUCCAUUUUGUGACGAGCAAUAUGAAAUGUAAAUCGGUGUGAUACAUCCAAAUGAGAGGAUAUUGUUCCGGGUUA